GAGAGAGAGAAAAAAUGAGUGAGAGGGGGAGGUAGCGUGCUUUGUUUUUGUUGUUAAUUUUCCUUUUGGAUUCUGUUUAUUCACUUUCUUUGACUGCAGUGAAAAAUCGUUCUGCAGAAAAGAGGAGGAUAGAAGCCAAGCUGUCCGUACGUUGUUAUAUACAUCUGCACACACAUGUAUGUAUAUAUAUGUGAAUAUACAUACAUACAUAUACAUAUAUAACUAACCCUCGCUUGAAGACAGGCUUUUAAGCUCUCUAUGUUGUGUUGUCGUCUAGCGAAUGCCGUUCGCUGCCGACCACCACCAGUACAAGUACCGGAAUGGCAUCCUACGGCAACGAUGUACAGUCUUACCGACGAUUUCUGGAUAAUUUCUGUCAGCAUUUGAGAUCAAAGAGAAGAUCGACCGGAGGUUCGAAUCUUGCCGAAGACGAACAAGACAAAAAAAUACAGUUGUUCUACGAUCACAUCGUACAAUGCGAAGUAGAAGGAGAAUGUCUGGAAUGGAUAAGACAAUACCUUGACCACUACAGCUGCCCCAGUGGUCUGACUUCAUAUAUUGCACGUUGCGCCUGUGAUGAGAUGCUAAAGAAAGACCUUAGUCAUUUGUAUAGGAUCCCCACAGAAAAUAACAAACCUCAGGAAAUUGAUGCCCGUGCUCUGCUCAAAGAAGUCAUUGCCCAAGUACACGAAGUCUGCCUACUGAUGCAAGGUAGCUUACCGAAAUUCAAAGUGCCUGAUUGUAAUUAUAGAGUCAGUGUGUCGGCUAUUCGGAACUUCCGGCGGAAGAUGGAAGACCGACACAUCGUUCUUCCCGAUCUAAAUAGUCUUUUUGCCUUAAAAGGUUACCCUAACCAGUCCUACUAUGCUGUUUAUGAUGGUCACUCUGGUGUGGAGGCAGCUGUUUAUACAAUGACCCAUCUGCACUGCAACAUGGUUCACAACCCAUAUUUCUCCUCCGAUGCCCCAUGUGCCCUUAAAUACAGUUACAAACUCACCGACAAACAUUUCCUGGAAAAAUCUAAACGAGAGAAGCUGAAAAGUGGCACCACAGGUAUAACAGCACUGAUCCGGGGAUCAACCAUCCAUGUCAGCUGGUUGGGUGACUCUCAAGCUGUGCUGGUACGCAACAGUCAGGUGAUAGACAUGACAAUGCCCCACACACCAGCCAGGCAGGACGAAAAGAAACGAAUUGAAGAUCUUGGUGGCAUUGUACUCCUCGUAAGUGGUAUCAGCCGUGUUAAUGGUAACAUCUCCGUAUCAAGGGCAAUUGGUGAUGCUGACCAGAAGCCGUGUAUUAGCAGUGAUGCUGAUGUGGUUACAUAUGAAAUGAAUGGGUCUGAAGAUUACUUGAUGCUGGCGUGCGAUGGUGCAUGGGAUUACCUUGAAAAACAGAAGCUGCCCUACCUGGUCUACAAUCACGUGCAAAAGAACAACGGUCAGUUCUCGACCGUGGCAGAGAGCUUGAUCAAGUCUGCAAGGGAGAACGGCUCCAAAGACAACAUAUCGGUGAUCGUGGUGUUCUUCAAGGAAGAGCUGUCCGACCCACAUUCUGACUUCAAUCAUGCUGUUAGGGAAAACGGGGAGAAUCAGAAGCACGACGAAAACCCGAAUGACUCCCCAAUGUGGAGCAGCAACCAAAAUAGCAACAGCAACUGCGACGCAUCAGCUGCUUCGUCUUCUCCGCAACAACAGCAGAGGCAGCAACAUCAGCAGCACGGGAAUCCCACGGAUUCUAACAGCUGCAUGACUCACGAAUUGGAAUCAAAAUACGACAGCAAUAGUAAGGUGGUAGUGAGUCACUCGCAGAGUGAAAGUACUGCCGGUUCUUCCGAUGGCAAACACGAGAAAACUUUCGAGAAUUCAGCAGAACUUGCAGAUUCUUCGGAAAGUUCCAGUUUAUGUUCGUCUCUGAUGCAGUUCUCCAAUCAGCAGCCAGUCUGCAGUUGUUUGAAGAGUCACGGGGGAAAUAAUAGUCUACUGAGGUGUCGAAUGUCCGGUGAAGUUUGCUUGGGCACCUGUUCAAAAUCAAACCUCCGACACUCAAGUUCCAUAUAUUCAAAUGGUUAUGUUUCUCUGAGGAAUCCCCUCAGCCGAUGGUGGGACGAUGUUGCUUUGUGGCGGAACAUUCAGCUUUCGUAUCGUUGCCUAGCUUUUGCUCAGAAACACAACCUUUUAAGGUCUUCUUUUCUCUCCGAAGAGAAUUUCCAUCUGAAACUUCCUGACUGUCUAACUUCUUUGUUAAAAUUGCCUAACCUCCGCAAUAUAUGUUCUCUGUGUUUGAUGGAAACUUUGGUUGCUGGCAGAGGGAAAACUGUGCUGGCUUUGGGCCAACACCCAUCAUCACUACUGCUUUCAGAAAUAUACCCACAACCAGCUACCGCUGCUGCUACUAGUACUACUACUCCAUUCGAUUAUCAUGUGCUCUGCCGUAAACACCACCAAACAGUAGGGUCCAGUGCUUUGUCUAGUGAUGCUGUCAAACGCCUCCUCCUGAAAUUUUCUCCGGAUGCUGUUGUUGCUGCUGCUGCUGUGGCAUUGCAGAUGCAAACUGCCAUGUCGCAAAUGUUACCCACUCCCUGUUGUACGUCGACUAAUAUACCACGUUUGUCCAGCAUCGGACCCACUCUUCUCUCAAUAGCAUCGUGACAAAUUGCUUUCAACUGUGGCAUAUAAACAUCUCGCUCCCCCAUUAAACACAAGUUCAAAUCCAUCCUCAACCAAGAGUGGAGAGAGACAAACAGACAGACAGAAACUA